GAGUUCCGAAAAUGUAGUUGCGUAACCUACCCGCUGGGAUUUUGUAGAACGCGGAAGGGUUAUUGAGGUCACGUUUAGGAUUGUUUACUGUUCUGAGACGUGUACCGGUUCGUGCUUGUGGCUGUUCCAUACAGCGGGAAUCCGCUUGUUGCUGGUCUGUGCUAGCCCACGGCGAAUUUUUUGCCUGGCGAGCUGCUCGCAGCGUCAUCCGUCCCAAUCAAGAGAAUCGUGAUGAAGUCCGACAAACGGAAGCCGUUUCUUUUUUGUGGACGAACCAUGUGCUGAUCUUGUGGAAAUUUGCUUUCGCAAAAGAGAAGCCCUGCUGAAGUGCCUGCGGUCGAAGAGCACAUUCCAGCUCCUCUACCAAAUCGCGUUUCCCACUGAUGACUUGCAGCCGACUGUUUCGCGUCGAUUGAUUAAAGUACAUUCUAAUUGCUGGAACGCCCAGUUUUCUUUCUCACGUGCAAGAGGCCGCCGAUUGUUGUGACGACGAGGAGACGCGUCAAAGCAUGCAACUGACCAUCCGUAGUAACGUCAUCAGUAAACAAAACGCAAAAGAAAGAACUUGGGUUAUUCGAAGCCCCCAACCCGGCCAACUGAAGUGACGUUUUCUCCGCUUUCUGCUGCAAAAUGGCGACCACACACCUCAACAAGUCCGUCAUCGCGGGCGGAAGUAUCAAGACCAUUAAAGCUCUCAAAAAGUAUUGGAACUCGCCGGUGUCUGAUAUCGACGACAACUCGAGCGAGGCCAAGUAUACCAUGCUGCAGAUGGCUAUCCUUUUGAACAAGAAAAACGUCGUAGAGUAUCUGAUCUCGCAAAAAGACGUGGAUUUGACUACCCGAGCCACAGACGGAACCACGGCGCUCAUGACAGCUGUCGGGAAAAAUGUUCCUGUAGAUUGGAUACGAGCGAUGCUCGAACGUGGUGCGGCCGACAAUAUCAACGUAGAAGACAACGAGGGCCAUACCGCUCUUGACAGAUGUGAAAAGGACAGCGAGGUAUACAAACUGCUCGUCCAACACGGAGCGCAGCCAAGACCUUCCCCUCCCCCUACGCCGCCGCCGGAGCCUGACGUGGCUGGUGGUGCGGGUUCUACGGACACCAAUGCUGCAGGUCAAAACGGUGCUUCCAAACCGGUGGACGGAAUAACAGGAGUUGGUGGCAUGUCUCCAGGCCUGGACGAGCACCCAGGCAUAUGGGCUACAAUGUGCGGCUGCGGGGGACGGCAAGGAAAAAACGGAACCGAGGUUGUAGAAGUAGUCGACGCGGGUAAAGCGGAGCUGAACCCUGCUCAAGCUUCUUAGGAUACACAUCAAACUCGCCACAAAGAGGCAGAGUCUGCACCGGCUGCCGUGCCGACCGGUAAAUCACCGGACACGGGGGAUGUGUUUGGAUUUCUUUUAGUAAUAUUGGCGUUUAACCGAUGGUCUUAAGCUUUUGUGCUUUCGCAAGAGCGUUCAUUCGCUAGUGAACUUGUCAAUACCGUUGGUUGGUUCGUGGUCUUUCCUCGUUUGAGAGUUUUUCGUACGCCCGACGGGAGUGCACCGCAAAGGCCAAAACAAAGAUUUGUCGCUCGCCUGAACGAAGUAUGAAGAGUCAGUCGAGGCGGUUGUGCACGGGAAACUGGUGCUGGCUCUUACAGUGCAUCGUACGGCCCUGCCUACGGAAACCUAGAGUUGUUAAGUUCUAAAGAGACCACCUCAACUACUUCUGCGUGGCGGUUGAAAGCUGUCAAAGACUCAAGCAGUUUCCUGCCCCCUAGGGCCUGGCGCCCAAC